AUGUGCGGCAAUAGCAUGUCUGCCUCGCUUCCCGCCGCCCGGAAGGCCACCGCUGCGGUGAUUUUCCUUCAUGGAUUGGGAGAUACAGGGCACGGAUGGGAAGAAGCCUUUGCACGUAUCAGAAGAUCACAUAUCAAAUAUAUCUGCCCGCAUGCACCAGUUAUGCCUGUGACAUUAAACAUGAACAUGGCCAUGACUUCUUGGUUUGAUAUUAUUGGGCUUUCACCAGAUUCACAGGAGGAUGAACCUGGAAUUAAACAUGCAGCAGAAUAUGUAAAAACUUUGAUAGAACAAGAGGUGAAGAAUGGCAUUCCUUCAGACAGAACUGUUUUGGGAGGAUUUUCUCAGGGAGGAGCUUUAUCUUUAUACACUGCUCUGACCACACAGCAGAAACUGGCUGGUGUCACUGCCCUCGGUUGCUGGCUUCCACUUCGGUCUUCAUUUCCACAGGGUCCUAUCAGUGGUGUUAAUAGAGAUAUUCCUAUUCUUCAGUGCCAUGGAGAUGCUGAUCCUUUAGUUCCUAUAAUGUUUGGUUCUCUUACUGCUGAAAAGCUAAAAAAAUUGGUAAAUCCAGCCAAUGUAACCUUUAAAGUCUAUGAAGGCAUGAUGCAUAGUUCAUGUCCACAGGAAAUGUUGGACAUCAGGCAAUUCAUUGAUAAAAUCCUACCUCCAGUUGAUUGA